UAGUUCAACUGUUUAAAGUAGAUUGAAUUUUAAAAUAUUGAUAUGAACAAAUAAGAAAAAGAACUUAUUAUACAUGUUUUGAACAAAUUACUUCACUUAAAGUCUACAAAAGCCUCUGCUGAAUAAUAGCAGAGUGGUUUUCAAAACUAUUAGGUAUGAGUUCAUCACUAAUUGAUGUCAAAGGAGAAAAAAGAAAAAAAGAAAAAAAGAAAAAAGGAACAGACAGGUAGCAUAAUUGGUAAAUUGUGAAUUCAAGCACCAGUAGAUGUCAACCCAAUAAAAAAGAAAGGAAAAAGAAAAGAAAAAAUAGAAAGAAAAACAGACAGAAGCUAUAAUUAGUAAAUACUGAGAAAUAAAAGGGUCUAUAUGUUAGUAUAUAUAAAGCCCAAGAACAUGACAGUUCCAUUAGCCACUUUGCCAUCUCCUUUUAUUCCAAACAGCAGGAGAACUCCACACUUUCGUUCAUCCUCAGGAUCAAUGGAACAAAGAAGACUAAGCCAUCUGUCUCUUUCCUUCUCUUGUCUUCAUAUUCAUAUGCAUCUUCUUGUUGUUGUUCUUGCUUUGAUCAGUAUUUCAGGAUCUGCUGAUGCCUACAAGAACUACACAGUUGGUGACUCUUUGGGUUGGUAUGAUAGUACUGAAAAGCCUAAUCUCAAUUACCAGAAAUGGGCUGAUUCCAAGAACUUUAGUUUGGGAGAUUUCCUCAUCUUCAAUACCAAUAACAAUCAUUCAGUUGUUCAAACAUACAACCUCACUACAUACGAGCUAUGUGAUUAUGACAAUGCUCUAGAGAAUGAUACAAUUGAAUGGUCAACCACUGAUCCAUCAAACACUGCCACCUUUGGAGUUACAGUAGAUGUUCCUCUACUAAAAGAAGGAAUUACAUACUUCUUCUCUGGAGAUUAUGAUGGUGAUCAAUGCAAGAGCGGUAUGCAUUUCAAUAUUAAUGUUACUCAUGGAAAAGGGUUGCCUGAAAGCCUAAAAAGCCCGUCCGAGCAAGCGCCCGCGCCAAAUAGUCCGGAUGUCACCGGUGACGAUUCGGCACCGGAUACUAUUGUGCCAGCCAAUUUUGAUCAUCCACAAGAUGUAAGUGAUGAUGAUGAUGCCGAGGACUCCGGAUCAAUUUCAGUAUAUUUGAAUUUGUUGGAUAGGAAAUUGAAUGGAGUUUUGCUUUUGUUUGGGGUUGUUUGCAUGUUUAGAUGAGUUAGUUUAAUUUUAUUGUUGGUGUGAUAUAUUUUUUUCAAAUACAUAAUUUCAUUUCAUUUUUUUAAUAGUUUCUCGUGAUACCUUUAUAUAUCUUAUUUAGAGAGAUGAACUUAUUGUAUAAUAGAGCAUAUACAAGUUGAUAGGUGCAUGUUUCCUUUGUUUAUACAGAGGGCCUCCUUGUACACUGCAUAUAUGUGAUGAUAAUAAUAUAUACAUGGAUUUCUUUCCUA